CACGUUCAACAGAUCGUUGAUGAUUUGUAGUAAGAAAAGUGUUGGAAAUAGAAUAGUGUCGUAUAGUAGGUACUACUGCGUUUCUAAUCCAGAAGCAAUUGAAGAAAACUAGUGAAUCAACGACAUAGUAGUUCAUCAUUAUAGCUCUCAUAUUAUGUCGGCAUUUCAAACGUCAAAAAGUGACUCGUACAGGAGAACUAGGCUCUGAGAACUGGGCCUACCAUGAUAGACAAAAUGCUCGUACACAUCGAGUGCUGUUGACAUUCAAAUUGUUUCACGAAACUUCCGGAAGAUGAUGAAUAUCUGGGCGUUCUGUCUUUGGACAAGCCUCUUCGUCCCGCCAUGCCUGCCCAACCCGCACAGAGGGCGCCACCACUCUCCAGAGCCUCACGCAGAAGCCUACCACAUCUCCAGAGACGCCUUCGACCCGCACAGAGACUCCGAAGAGUUCCGCAGGGACGCCCCGGACGACAAGCGCGAAUUCAACAGGCGGGAAUCCCUGGAAGAGGACCAGCUGGUAGUGCAGACCACCAAGGGUAAAGUGCGAGGCGUCACGCAGAUCGCAGCCACUGGCAAGAAAGUCGACGCCUGGCUGGGCAUUCCCUACGCCCAGAAGCCUCUGGGCAGCCUGAGGUUCCGGCACCCUAGACCCGUGGAGAAGUGGGACGGCAUCAUAAACACUACCGUGCAGCCUAAUUCGUGCGUGCAGAUAAUCGACACGGUGUUCGGCGACAACUUCGAGGGUUCUGCCAUGUGGAACCCCAACACGCCUCUCAGCGAGGAUUGCCUGUAUCUGAACGUGGUGGUGCCUAAGCCGAGGCCUGUGAACGCUACUGUGAUGGUGUGGAUCUUCGGCGGUGGGUUUUACUCGGGAACCAACACGCUGGAUGUGUACGACCACAAGUUCUUGGUGUCGGAAGAGAACGUGAUACUGGUGUCGAUGCAAUAUCGCGUGGCGUCGCUUGGCUUCCUCUAUUUCGGUACCUCCGACGUUCCUGGCAACGCCGGGAUGUUCGACCAGAUGAUGGCGCUGCAAUGGAUCAAGGACAACAUUGCUGCCUUCGGUGGCAACCCCAAUAACAUAACGCUUUUUGGUGAAUCUGCCGGUGCUGUCUCUGUUUCCUUGCAUCUUCUGUCGCCUUUGUCGCGAAACCUGUUCUCGCAGGCUAUCAUGCAAUCGGGCAGCCCUACUGCCCCGUGGGCCAUCAUAUCCAGGGAAGAGAGUCUGCUCCGUGGGCUGAGGCUAGCGGAAGCAGUGGGAUGUCCCCACGAGCGAAGUGAUUUGACCGCUGUUAUAGAUUGCUUGAAGAAGCGAGAUCCUAUAGAGAUAGUAAACAAUGAAUGGGGUACCUUGGGAAUCUGCGAGUUCCCAUUCGUGCCUAUCAUAGAUGGCGCUUUCUUGGACGAACACCCAGUCCGUGCCGUAGCUAACAAGAACUUCAAGAAAACCAAUAUCCUUAUGGGUUCCAACACCGAAGAAGGCAACUACUUCAUAAUCUAUUACCUGACGGAGCUGUUCAGAAAGGAGGAGAAUGUGUACGUGAAUCGUCAGGAAUUUUUGCGUGCAGUUACUGAACUCAAUCCUUACGUUAGUCCUAUUGCUAGGCAAGCUAUAGUAUUCGAAUACACGGAUUGGUUGAAUCCGGAUGAUCCAGUUAGCAACAGGAACUCUCUGGACAAGAUGGUAGGAGAUUAUCAGUUCACUUGUGCAGUGAACGAGUUCGCUCAUAGGUAUGCUGAGACUGGAAACAAUGUCUAUAUGUACUAUUACAAGCACCGGUCUGUGUCUAAUCCUUGGCCAUCAUGGACAGGUGUCAUGCAUGCUGACGAAAUCAACUAUGUUUUCGGCGAACCGCUGAACCCCUCCAGGACAUACACGGCCCAAGAGGUGGACUUCAGCAGACGCAUAAUGCGCUACUGGGCCAACUUCGCAAAAACCGGCAACCCCAGCUUGAAUUCGAACGGGGUAUGGACCCCCACUUUUUGGCCUCUGCACACGGCCUACGGAAAAGAGUACCUCACUCUCGAUGUCAAUUCCACUGCUACUGGCCGAGGUCCCAGGCUCAAGCAGUGUGCCUUUUGGAAGAAAUACCUACCUCAACUGCAGCAGAUGUCGGCUGAGCUACAGAACACACAAUCUAAUAAGGAAUGCACCAGCAUAGGAAAUUCAAUCAAUAGUCCAUGGUGUAUGAUUUACUCAGCUUUGAUAAUCGCCAUUAUAGGAAAACAAGACAGUUUUCACUAAAAAUUAGAAGCUUCCCAUCGCCAGGCUUGAACAACCAAUCGAAUGGGGCUAAAUGGAUUUCCCCAGGUUUAGAUUUCUGAUGCUUUUGCUAUUCGUAGAGUCUAUAAUAGGAAAAAGUUGGCCCUGCGUGAUUUCGGUUUGUCGUUCCCCUCAGAAAGGUGUGUAUAGGGUUUGUCAAAAAAUGCGAACGUAUAAGGUUCAUGAAAAAUGAGACGACUUUGGAGAAAAGAAAUAUAAUUGGCAGUGAUUGUUGCAGACCAUCAGCGUUCUAAGCAUACUCCUUCCAAAAACUGUAAUCUCCUAGAAAAUUUCACAGUGAAAUUUCAAGAGGGUGAUAUGGAAAAUACCAUAAAACAGUUGACUUUUUCAAGACGUUUUGUCCCAGAUGAUGACAAUUUUUGAGCAAUCUUGUCUUCAAAAAUUGAGAGUAUAUUCAUCACCCUCUUGAUUGUUUCAUCAAGAAUUUACCUGACUCGAUCGAGUAUCAAGAUUGUCGUUUGAUAUACGUUGCUAAUAAACUGGUCAAUAAUGAGAGUGGACACACGAAAAUUUUAAGUAGUUUUAUU